CCCAAAUCAACCUUUGUGACAAGGUACACUUUUCCAUCGAGCCAGAGUCUCCAGAAGAAAAAAACAAACCACAGAGUCACUGUUUCUUAACCGGACAGCAAAUCUUUUAGGAAUGGCGCUCUUAACCUCCAGGAUUACUGCUUGGCUGUUUGUGAUCUCAGUUGCUGUUGUUCUUUUAAUUAUAUCAUGGGGAUAUUUAUCAGAAAGCAUCAGCCGGACUGCUGUCUCAGGAAAAUUCAGAUACAGAGGUGAAGGCAGUUUGUUUGAAUACUGGAAUAUAAUAAGAAACUCAACUUCACCUCCUCCUGUGUUCACCACAUCACAUAAACCAAAAAAUGCUGACGCCACAAAAACAGUCUCGGUGACAAAGCUAAAACCCGACCGUAUCGCAGCCACCACGAGUGCCCCCGUGGUCGAGACUCCCAUGCCCAUCCUCUCCAAAAAUUCCUUCAAGGGGCUUCCUCAGUGGGAUUUUGAGGAGGUUUAUAACCAGGAUGCCCCACCCAGACAGACAACGUGUGCCCAGUCUCUGCGCAAAUCUGAGGAUCCGAGCUUCAAGAAGGCUUUUCUCCCCAACAUACGUCUGUAUCUGCACAAAGACAAUUUCAACAUGAGCGAGUGGAACCGACUUUCACAUUUUAACAACCCGUUUGGUUUCAUGGGAUUCAAAUACGACGAGGUGAUACCUGCAGUGAAGUUGAUCCCGAAGCCGAAGGAGCCGCUGCUGCUUCCAAAGCCCGGCAGUGGCGGCUGCGUGCGCUGUGCCGUGGUGGGCACCGGGGGGAUCCUCAACGGCUCUAAAAAGGGGAAAGAAAUCGAUUCUCAUGAUUAUGUUUUCCGGAUGAACGGCGCCAUCAUUAAAGGCUACGAGGAAGACGUGGGAAACAAAACGUCAGUGUACGUCCACACGGCCCACUCCAUCACCAUGUCGCAGUAUCUGCUGAAGAAGUACGGAUACACAUCUAUCCCCAAUGAUGAGGGUAUAAAACACGUGUUAAUUCCUGAGGGGAUGAGGGAUUUCUUUUGGCUCGAGGGUCUCCUCAAAGGAGAAAGGGUCACAGCUAGCCCAUUUCAUAACAAACGGCCACGGACGUACUACGGCGGGCAGUACAAUGAGACUCGCUUUUAUGUUCUGCACCAGGAUUUCCUCAGAUAUGUGCGGAACAGCUUCUUAAAGUCUCGUAAUCUGAAUGCAACAUUCUGGGCGAUAGUCAGACCAACCAACGGGGCGUUCACUGUCUUCUUGGCUCUGCACACCUGUGACGUCGUGGACUUGUAUGGAUUCAUGACCGAGGACUACAAUAAGUACUCUAACUACUAUGUUGAAAAGACGAAAACACACGUCGUUUUCUUCGCCAACCACGACUACAUGCUGGAGAAGAACCUGUGGUCAAAACUACAUAAAAGCAAAAUAGUUAAGUUGUACCAAAGAACGGACGCAGAAGCACAGACAGAAAAGCCGAAGCAACACUGAUGACCUGAGAAUGGCAUCGAGAACUUAGGUCAGUUAAUUCAAUUAAACUAAACACAAUUAUUAAUAUAAAAACAACACAGAGCCGUAUAUCGGACGGUUCGGACCUAAAAUAUCAGAUUUCACAGCUUUUCUGACAGAUUGCGAUACUUGUUACAUGUUUUGUUUUUUUACGGUAAGAAAGUGAAAAUUUUCAGUUUAACGCGUUAUUAACGGCGUUAACACAAACCUAUUUUAACGGCGUCAUUUUUUUUUAUCGCGAGAUUAACGCCUAGCACACUUUGUAGUUGCAACAACUAGUAACGUUAGAAAAACUACAACACCACACCGGAUCUAGGUAGACCGGAAACAAAACAACAGGCACGCCGCACACACGUGUUUAAGAGUAGUAGACGUUACGUUUUGAGUGGAUGGCGAGCGCGAGACGCCGAAAUGGAUUCCUUGUUGUCUGAAAAUGUCAACAGGCUUGUCUGUUUGAGUAACUGGCUCAAAGCAAAGAAGUAGUAGACUUACCUUUUAUUGGGAACUGUUACUGUUCAUUGUUUCUGAAAUAAGAGGCUGGGUUGAGCCUCUGGUGAAUAAGAGCAGUAGUCUGACUGCUAUGUUCAAAGCAAACUUGAGGAAAGUAUUAAGUCGUGGUUUAACUGCACUAUAGGCUGAGUCCUAGUUUACCUUACAUGUGCACUUUGUAAUUUUAUUUUGUAUCGCCCUGUUUUGAUCCCUUAGAAAGGGCUGUUGAAGGGGCUGUUUGUGUGACAAAGUAUUUUUUUCACCCUUUUAUUGACGGACAGUGUUACAUUGUGUGAGAGAUUAUUUGAUCCACGUGAGAAUGUUAGUGUGAAAUUGAACACUACAGUAUACGCCAAUGUUGUUUUCAAUAAAAACAACAUUUGCUCAAAGCAAGCCGAUCCACUUUUCCAUGUUGAUAAGAGCAUUAAAAUGAGAAAACAUAAUGGGACAAAAAGAAAUCAAGGGACAUUUAGAAUAGAUAAAAAUGUGCGAUUAAUUGCGAGUUAACUAUGACAUUAAUUCGAUUAAUCGCGAUUAAAUAUUUUAAUCGUUUGACAGUGUAGUGAACCACAGUGAGGUGUUGUGAACGCAACCCCGGUAGUCCAGCAAAACUCCUCCCCUAGCUCCUCCCCCUGCCCAGGUGCAGUAUAAAAGGCUUCAGCUGGCUCAGUUUAACCUCUUGCUGGUCCCUGGUGGUGGUUGCCGGCUGAAGGUGGUGAGUAGGGUCCCCAUUUUGUUUGUGUUUCCUGGUUUAUAGUUGUCUGCCCAACUAACAUGUGCCUUUUUGUGUUUUAGGCUCACCUGCUGCUGUUCUGUUGUGUGUUGUUAGGUUUGCCUUUUCUUUUCGUUAGUUUAUUUAUUAAGUUUACUUUGAAUAUAUUUCUAUUAUUUUGCUUGAGUGUAUGUUUUGAGAUUGUUUGGUUAUCAAUGGGGUUGUUGGUUUUUGUUAACUUUUGAUUCUCUCUGUUUCAGGAGUGCCUUUUCGUUUGUUUCCUUGCUUUUUUGGUGCGGCCUGGGUGUCCUCAGGUGGGCGGCUAGGCACCGUGGUGGACCCUCACUCCUGUUGCAUGCAAGUAGGCACUGGGGCUCUUUUAGUGCAUGUGUUUUAGUGUUUGUAGUGUUGCCCCCCCAGACUAGUGAGACAGGGUACUUUACCAGUAGUCUGCCCCCACUGAGGCCCCAGCCCACUGAUUUGAGUUAAUCAUGUAUUUCAUUAGUUUUAGCACUGUUUUAUAGUUGGUUUCUUUUAGAUCAUUUUUGUAAUAAAAACAUUUGUUCUAUUUUA